GGAAAGUCAAUCACUUGUCAACCCUGAUAGAAGUGUAAAUAUUUUCAUUAUAUCAAGGUGAAUUUAUUUUUUGGAAAAUUUGAGAUACAUUUCAUAAUGAACAAAAAUAACAAAUUAUGCAUUGAUCCUGCCAUGUUCACUAAACCGCCUCCAAAUUUCAAAACUGCUAAUAUGGUGCAACCUUUUAAACCUGAUGUGCCACCACCUCCAUAUACAAAAAACUCAUCUCCAGCACUACCUUCUUCCAGCUCAAAUGGUGCUUUUUCAGGGAAUGAGGAUGAAAAAAAUUAUUAUCUUAUGAUGUUAUACAGGUACCAUAACUCAACAAAUACACCACAGCAUUCUCAUGGCCAGAACUCUUUUUCAUCAACUGACGUUUCCAAAUCUUUUCCUUUACCCCCUCCCACUCAUUUUUCUCCACGGCAGCCUCCUUUACCAACUGUACCUCCCCCUUUACCAACCGUACCCCCUCCUCAAAAUCCGCCUCCUCCCUCAAUGUUGUCACCUCCAAUUCCAAUUGCAAUGAACAAUUUUCACAACAGGAUGUCUCCUUUAUAUGGCCAUUCUUUUUCUAAAGUUCAUAACAAUUUUAAAAGAAAAUUUGAUGGUAACGAUGCUCAAAAAAAACUACAAAAGAAAAAGAAGAAACCUUUGUCUCAAGUAGUACCUCAAAGAAGAGAUUGGACUAUGGAAGAAGCCAAGAGAGCAUUAGAAGUAGAAAAAGACUGCAAUAAAAGAUCAAAAAGACAAGGUUUAAUAAUUAAAUUUCCAGAUUUAGAAUUGAACAGGGAUAUAGUUUCAAAUUUUCACACUAGCAUUGAAUCAGUACAUUUUCAACAACCGUCUACUGCCAGAUAUUGCUUUGUUACGUUAACAGAAUCGGCCGAUCCAGAAACGGUGAUUAAUCAAUUAAAUAAAAUCCCUUUCGGACUUGGAUACUUAUCAGCCGAAUUCAAAAAAGACAGAGAAGACGAACAGAAUAUUAAACCAUCUGAUAUUGACCCUCUCACAUUGUACGUAGGAAAUUUAGCACAAGAAGUUACAAAAGAUGAUAUGGAAAAGAAGUAUCCCAAAAGGAAACGAAUAGAUAUCGGUUAUGCAAAAAAGAUGAAGUAUACACGAUACGCUUUUGUAUCGUUUCAUACUGUAGAUGAUGCUAUUGAGGCAUUUCAGAAUACUCAUUCAUCACAAAUGUAUUCUAAAAGUCUCAUUGUUAGAUUUAGACGUCUUCACGGCACAGUUGGAAUGCCUGGUGAACCAAAACAAGCGAGUCAACGAUUUGAAGUGGGAAACAGUUAUAGUACUGUGGAAAACUGUAAUUUCACUCCCGAUGUUCCUGAAAGUGAUAGAGAAUGCAGUCAGUGGGAUAUAGAUAUAUCUAAUUGGGCACCAGAUAACCAAGAAACGAAAUAUAAAAGGUCAAAUACUCCUACAUCUGAAGACGAUGAAAAUGAGGAACUGGAUAUAAAACCGACUCAAUUAACGACGAGAUUCAGGCCGGGAUCACUAGAAGUUGCAUUUUCUCUCCAUAAGCCUAGACAGAUUAAAGAAGAGAAAAUCGGCGACGAACUUGAAAAUGUUCAGAACUGUACUAAUAAUCUCAAUGAAAAUUAUACCAAUGAAGAUGAUGGUAACACCGAUAAAAUAUUGCAGCCUCAAUCUUCAAACAGUGAUUAUAAUGAAAUGGAAGUGAAAAAUGUACCUGUUGAACCAGAACAAAAAGCACCAUUAGUCACCAUUAAAAAAGAAAAGUGUAAUAACUCCACCAUAUCAACCUAUGAUGAUUUGAGGAAAAUAAAUAAUCAAAUUAGAUCUGGCAUAUUACCGAUUACUUUAUAUAAUAAUAAAUCACCCAAAUGUGUAGAAAUUAAACAAGAAAGAUAUAAUGUUAAAAAAGAGAAUGAAGAAGAAAAUAAUUUGGGUUUUGAAAAAGAGAUUCUUUCAUGUAACAGUAAAGAUUCGAAUCAACAAAGUGUUGAUAAAAGCAAUAGUGAUAGUAGAUCCGAAAUUGAAACAAACAAUUCAACUGCGGAUGAUACAAAUGAUGACUGUUUUGGUUGGAUGAAUAUAGAUUAUGCAUCAACUGUUAUUAAAACUGAAAUUAUUGAUAACGAUCAGAGAUAGAACCAAAUACGAAAAUCGGUUUUAUAUUAUAUUUUAAUAGGGUUUUAUCCUAUAUUAUUACUUAAUAAAUUAAUUAACUUAUAGAUUGUGUUUUUCGUAAUAUAAAUAUAUUUAGAUUUUCGUGGGA